AUGGCAAAUUCAUCAGACGAAGAAGCCGAUUCGCGCACGGCUUUGGUGGGCGCACCGCGCACUCGAUCAAACCCGCGUUCCACAUCGCGUUCCACAUCGCACGAUAGCAACUCGCGCCCGGCCAAGAGACAACGCAGAAACAGAAAUAAAAACGAGUCCGAUCUCAAAGAUUUUGUUCCUCGAGGUGGAGCUUUUACUGCCAAUGCCCUGCCGAUAGAUCCAGAUAGCACAUCUAGCUCUGGGUCUAGUUCGGACUCAGGUGAAGAUUCCGAUUCCGAUACCAACUCCGAUAUCGCGGCCGCAAACCCACAUGCCGGCAGCACUGCGCCUGCUAUUAGCUGGAAUCAAGGUCGGAAAGCUGCAGUGCGCACAACGCUUGGAAAGAGAGCGGCACCAACAAGCGAGAAAGUCGCCCAAUUUGAAGCAGUGAAUGACAAAUAUUGGCGGAGUCGCAGCGGGUCCGUCUCGUCAGCCAGUGGUGAAGAUAAGCCUUCAGAAAAGCCUUCAGAAAACAUUGAAAUUCAGAAGGAGGACCAAACGCAAGGAGAAGAUGAGCUGGAAGAUGGGGAAAUCGACUCCAAGAGUGAAUCAUCCGACUCAGACUCCCUUGGCUCAGAGGCCGAUGACUCUAUCUUAUUGAACAUCGGGGACAAGAUGGGAGCAGAUGCCGCUGAUGAUUAUAGCCCUGCCGAUCUGGCUCACAAGCAUGGACUCAGCAAGGCCAAUUCACACCCGACCGGUCCUGGGUCAAAAGAGGAGGCGUUCCGGCUUUUCUCAAGCAAGUAUCCAAAUGCGCCCACAUCUUUAGUGGACCUCAGUCAGCAGGACCUUGAGAUCCUGGCCAAUGUGAACACUGUGGUGCUUGGAAUCAGCACCAAAGCAGUACUUGCCCUGACUGGCGACGAUGCCAAAAAUGCCGUGAGCGCGGUCAUGACGAACCAGGAUGUCCCUCAAAGCUACGCAAUUUCGCAACCGAAGUACCUUGCGACUACUGCAACGAACCACACCUGGAAUCUCAAUGUGAUCAUCUAUGGAAGUUCCCAGUCAGGGAUCUGCAUUCCGAACAAGUCACCGUAUCCAUCUCUUGUGCCAACUGCAGCAGCUCAAAGCAUCUUAUUGGAGACUGUGAAGCGUUUACCAUUCACAUCAUCAUCAUUCACCUUGAAAAACAUCGACCCGGACAUGAUCACGAACCUCAAUACCGUUGCUCCGCCGCAUGGUCCAGCAGGCCGAGGAAGAGACAGAGAAUGGACCCGACCUUCGUCCCCAGGACGAGGACGUCCUGGUCCUCCUUCCCGCGGCAACAACCGUAACAAUUACCGUGUCAGAUCUCCAUCUCCAGACGAGGAUGACAUGAUGUCUCGUGUAUCCCGCGGACGGGGACGUCCCAUCCCUCAGCCCCGUGGCAAUAUUCGCGGCAAUAUUAAGUUUUCAAGUGGACUUGGCGCCAAACGCGGUGACUCGCAGUCCAGAAAGCCUUCCCAUGGUCGUCCACCGUUCGCCGGAAACAACAACCGCUCACGCUCACCCCCUCCACUCCCCCGAGGUCCUCCUCCGUCAAGAGGCAUCGGCCGUGGCCGUGGAUCCCAACGCGGCGGCCCAUCGCGCGGACCACGUGGCGGUGGCAGAGGCAGAGGAUGGUGA